UGUCCAGCUACCUCUAAACCAUCCAACACCCAACACGACCAUGUCACCAACCUUCCAAAAGAUCCAACCCUCCCUCCCCGUAACCUCAAUACCCGAAUCCAUAGCCUACUACACCAAAACCCUAGGCUUCAGCAUAGCAGGCAGAGACAGAGAUGACCACACAUGGCUCUACCUCCCCACAGACGAGAAAAACGAAGAUGCACAAAAAGCCGCCGUGAACCUCUACCUCCGAAGACGAACAUUCCCAUCGAUCCCCAACGAUGUGCAAUUUGGGAAGGUACAUAUUAGGAUUUCCGGAGACGAUGAUGAGUUGGAGAGGCUUUUGAAGAAGUUUGAGGCGGCUGGGGCGAAGGUUCUGAGGGGUGUUGAAUUUCAGCCUUGGGGGUUGAAAGAUUUUGAGGUUACUGACCUCGAUGGCAAUAUUUUGAAUUUCGAUCAAGCGAUACCUGGGUGGCGGCCACCAGGGUAGACUGUGUGUAGGGGCUUUAUUCAUGAGCACGAGGUUCGAAGCCGUCGUCAUGAAGCAGAGAUAGUGAUUGCGUAUGGAGACCAUUCAGAAGCACAUGAGCGGUUGUCUGUCGCCAUUAUCAUCGCUCAAUGCUACAACUUUGCCACGUGGGACGAGGGAGGCCAGGUUCUGAUCUGAAAUUAGCAGGGCAUCCAGAAUCGUAUCAUUCUCGCA